AUGACAACGACUACCAAUUACACAAUUUCCACGUCGAACAGUAAACAUGAGACAGCAAAAAUGUGGUUGCAGCGGCACCUACGGAAGGCAGCAUCAAAACAAACACUUAAAGGUGGUGACGAAGAUGACGGUACACGGAGGUGGAUAUCCCCCAAGCGGCCUCGAACUGCGCCAUCAAGAGGAACGGCAAUAGAACCAUUUGCAGAACCACCUCUACCAUUUAUCCCAAUCAACAUCGAGCGAGCUUCACUCCAACCCUCGAUCCAGCUUCCUCCCCGCCCAUCGAGACCAGACCCCGGCGUUAUGCGGGACGUUAAUGCAUGGCUUGAGGCCAGCAUAAGUUCGCCCUCCCCUCCACUGAUGGGUGGACUUUCUUACUGGAGGACAGCUACCAUCCCGGGCGUCAAAGACUCAGCCAGCGUCCAACAUGCUAUCCCGAUUGUUGGAGAGCCCGAGACUGUUCGGCCAUCCACAUCCCAUAGCCAGCAGGUGAAGUCGUUCCGUCGUCACACCAAGAGAUUGCAGGUUCAGAUGCCUUCAAUGUUGCGCACCAAAUCUCAACGUUCGGUAGACAGGAAGCAAAUGAAUAGGCGAUCGCCUUCAAUGCCGCUGCUAGCUAUACGGUACGAGGAGACACAAUCAGCCGGACCUCCUAGGCUCUUGAUUCGAUCUAGGUCCUUCCUGCGUCCUGUGACAAGACCAUCAACGUCAGAUACAACGACGCAGUCGACGAGACUGCCAUCAGCCGGUCAUCAAUCGCUCGAGAGACUACUCCAACGUCAUGGAACCCUAGCAGAUAGGAGGCUCAAUGACGGUGAACAUAACAUAGAACGACGGGUCUGUGCUACAUUCAGACCGAUGGUGAGAAGCACAGAUAAUACACGACCGUCAACAGCAGUCGCGGCAUUCAUGCGGGAGGAAUCUGUCGGCGACCUGUCCGAUGCUCCCACGUACUUCACGGGACCACUUCCACCAUCCUAUCGGUCGCAUACAGCCUCAAUCCUCACUACGUCAUCAUUCGGAUGCAUAGAUGGCAUGAAUUCUACACAGCGACAACUCAGCCAGCAAAGAGCAGCACAACGGCGAGGGUUGAAAGCGAAGCUGAAGAAGUUCGCUCUAAAGUUCAAGACGUGA